GGUUGGAGGCUGAGCUAGCUGCAUUAGCCCCAUGCAUUAUUCAUGUGCCCCGCAGUCUGUGUGGGUCUGGGUCCUACGCUGGCUUUUUCAGUGGGACACAUGGGCCUCGUGAAAGAGCUCUAUGUGAGGGACACAGGGCCUGAUGGACGAGCUACACCGCCGGGACUAUCGGGUCUUUGAUUUCUGCUCCCCUUUGAGCACGAGAGACCCAAAGGAGCGAGGCUUUGCUUCACAGAUCAACAUUCAAAAAUGCAAAAUGAGGUGGUUUCCUUAGACGAAGGUCCACAAUGCCGGGCUCUUUCACAACAAAGCAUUCCCCAAGUAUGUUUUUUUUUUUUUUUUUUCCCCUCAAAACCAGACGCUGGCUAAGGUUUCAGCUAUAUCUGAAGGCCUGAUGUUCACAUGAAAGCCUUGUCCUCUUUAACCAGUGGCCAAGAUCUCCGUUUGCCUGGCAGCGUUUCACCGGGAUUCACAGGGCCGCCCUCUUUGCUUUUAGAGUGCGCCCAGUAAGAGCCGUUAACUGAACUGGGCUGUAUGAAAUUUUAAUUUAGACAACCAGACGGAGAUGGAAUGCCUCGUCUCCACAUCGCCAUGUGCUAGAGAAAGACGGCGGGUGAGAGAGGGAAAGAAAAAAAAAAGAAAGAAAGAGAGAGAGAGCCUUUGGGACCAGAGGAGGGGCCUCUUGGAAAACCACAACCACAUAGCUGGUUUAGUCUCACAUCUGCUUCGCUUGACAUACUUGCGUGAUCACACUGAAAAUAUCGGCAGUGGCAGUGCAGUUGCCUUUCUUUCAAUAAAUAGGUUAAGAAUUCACAGCAGAUGCGGCUCACGCGGCUCAGUCGAACCGGCCUGCUUCAUUCUCCACUCCAAUUAUAAACUUGUCACGCGGAUAUUCACCCCGUUUAUAGGCUUUGACAGGUUUCACAGAUAGCGUUGCUCUGCCCCGCACAGGUGGCCGCACCGGAUCGGACUGGGAUCGGCCCCGAUGGUCACACGGACCGCUGUCCGCCUCUUUUCCGCCGGUCCUGGAGGGGUUACGGAGCUGAUGUCUCAGAGGACGAGGGGGUGUGCGUGUUCUGGAGUCCUGAAGAGGCAAGCUACAUCACGAUAAAUGGAGGAGAAGGAGCGAUGUAGGAGCAGGUCUCCAGCUCGGAGGGCCAGCCGGGUGCAGCAGGUGGUGGGAACAAUAAUUCGACGCACCCGGGAGUCCCUUAGCAGGGAGCGGUUGCUAGGCGAUGGGAGGUCGCAGCGCUCCAACAGUCUGUCCAACCAGAACUUCCAGGCCAAGCUGACGCUGCAGAUCACCAGAGACCCGGUCCUGGACAGCAGCACGGGGCACGGCUUCACCCUCACCACAAACGCACCCCUGCUGGUCAGGGACGUUGCCGCAGGGAGUCCUGCAGAUGGGAUACUAUACCCAGGAGACCAGGUGUUGCAGAUUAAUGAGGCAGUUCUAGAGGAUCUGAGUCCAGAGCAGGUGGAAAACGUCUUAAGGAACUUGGAGGAUUGCAUUAAUGUGACUAUCCUGCGGCACAUGACGAAUCCCAAGUCCUCCAUUAUGUCGGCAGAGAAGAGAGCUCGCCUGAGGAGUAAUCCAGUUAAAGUGCGCUUUGCAGAAGAGGUGGUGGUCAAUGGGCACACUCAGGGAAACUCUCUUCUCUUCCUGCCCAACGUCCUGAAGGUCUAUUUAGAGAACGGACAGACCAAGGCCUUCAAGUUCGACAACACAACCACAGUCAAGGACAUUGUUUUGACUCUGAAGGAUAAGCUGUCCAUCCGGGCCAUUGAGUACUUUGCCCUGGUGCUAGAGCAACAGUACAGCAUCACCAAACUACUGUUACUGCAUGAAGAUGAGCUCAUACAGAAGGUGGUGCAGAAAAAAGACUCCCAUGACUACAGGUGUCUGUUCAGAGUUUGUUUCAUCCCCAAAGACCCCAUGGACCUGCAGCAGGAUGACCCCUCUGCCUUUGAGUACUUCUUUAUGCAGAGUGUUGGAGAUGUGCUGCAGGAGCGUUUUGCAGUAGAGAUGAAGUGUAACACCGCGCUCCGCCUGGCUGCCCUGCACAUGCACGAGAGACUAGAUAGCUGCGGCCAGACCAGGACCUCCAUCAAGAGUAUUACAAAGGAGUUUGGCCUGGACAGCUUCAUCUCUCCCACGCUGCUGAGCAACAUGAGGGAGAAGGACCUGAGGAAAGCCAUCAGCUACCACCUCAAAAAGAUCCAGUCCCUGCUAGAGCCACGCCAGAAGGUAAUAUCUGCUAAUCAGGCCCGGUUGGCCUACCUCACUCAGUUGGGAGAGCUCAUUUCAUAUGGGGGAAGAUCCUACACGGCAACAAUGAUGCUUCAGGACAGAGAAGUGUUGGUCAGCUUGCUGGUGGGAGCCAAGUAUGGGAUGAGUCAGGUCAUCAACCACAAGCUCAACGUGAUCUCUACACUGGUCGAGUUCAGCAGCAUCAGUCGAGUAGAGUUGCUCUCGGAGUCGGACAAAGUCAGCCUACUGCGCAUCUCCCUGCAUGACAUGAAGCCAUUUGCCUUACUGAUGGACUCUCUGGCAGCCAAAGACUUAGGGUGUCUGCUGGGAGGCUACUGCAGACUCCUGGUGGAUCCCAGUGUUAAUGUCUUCCGUCUGGGGCGCCCAAAAGUGAGGGUGCACCGGAUUCCUGCUGAAGAAGGUGUGUGUGGGAGGUUCGCCGUACUAGAGGGCGUGUGCUAUGAAUCCCUAUCAAGUUAUGUGUCACGCUGCUGCAGUGAUUCAGAUGACUCAACAGAUGAGGAUGAUCCAAUGGAUUCCCAGAAUUACAGACGCCUAGAUCCAGCAAGUCAGGACUGGGAAGAAAGGAGGAAAGAGGAAGAAGAAAAGCGGAGGGAGGAGGAAAGAAAAGAGAGAGAGGAGUACAAAGGCAAACAGGAAGUGAAGAUAAUAGUGACAACGGAAGGUAAGGAAAAUGAGAGUGAGGAGGAAGGAGGAGCAACAGGAAGUGGUCUGCGUAAGUUCAGUGUCAUGGAUGAAGAAAUGAACCUGGAGACCACCUGGUACCACACUGACCCACGGGUCACCAGCAGCUUCUCCAGCCUGUCCAGUGGUUCGCUGAGCGCCGCCCUGGAAGAGAGCAGCGCCGCAGCCAAAGCCCCAUCUCGCGUGGAUGCUGUUCGUGGGCUACGCACAGGCGAGAAUCUUCCAAACUUGGAUGUUCAUCACCCCUACCUCCUGGAGCCAAAACUACACCAAGGGCCCCUACGACCCACAAACCUCAAUUACCGUGGCAACGAUAACUCUUGUCUUUGCUUUGCUGAGCUCAGUGCAACUGAUUUCCUUCCUAGCCCCCCUGAGGCUACUAGUGAUGAUUAUGACGACGAAGAAGAGGAGGAAGAGCGGGGAGUCAAGGAACUUAGACGUAUCUCCAAGAUCCCGAGUUCAAGGGAUUUGAGAAUGAUUGACAGCAUACCCUUUCAAAGAUCACCCAUUAAAAGAAAGAAAAAGGCCCCUCCUAAAGUCCCAGUAAGGACAAGUUCAAUUCCUGGGCACAAAGGAGAACAGGCUGAGAACCGCUUGUCUAAGGAUGAAGAUGCUUUAUUUCUGACUCCGUCACCCAACCCCAAACCAGCUCUUUUGGUCAAGGAGAAUGCCUCAGAGUCUGAUGAUGAGUUUUUUGAUGCACAGGACAGAUUUACUCCACCAGUUCCCGAUCUAUCAGACGCUGAGCUGGCUGAUCGGAGAAAUGCUAAUCGUUUAAGUGGGACCUGGAAUGGUCUUCCAGCCGCCCAAGGGAAAGAGCCAUUGUCCCAUCUUGCCAAUAAAACCCAAAGCUGUAAAAUAAAGAAGGAAAAAGAGAAACCUAAAGGUCCUGCAAAUCAACUCAUUAACCAACAACCAAGUCCUACAAAACAGUCCCAGAAACCUGAAGUUAAGGUCAAACCACCACUGGCACCGAAACCCCAGCUGCCUCCCAAACCUCAAAUCAUUCCUCCAAAAUCCCCCCAGCAUGGGAGAUCUUACGCCCAGUGUAAUGGGGAUGCCUCUGGACGCAUGUCUUCCGAACUCCUGGAAAUGGAGCCAGACACCAUGGAGUUUAAAUCUGUCACAUCAGGUGGACUGCCUCUGUCAUCGUCCCUGAUUACAGCAGUGCGAUGUAGCAAGCAGUCGGUACCCAUCACAACGCCACAAGCUGAGGAAAAAUUAAAAAGGCAAGAAAGCAGUCCCAAAAAGAAGAAGGAUCUGGUACAAGGGAAUGGAGCACAUGUGAUUUCCAAAGACAAAGCAAACAUUUCUGAUGAAAAACAAAAUCAUAAACCAGAGGGCAAAAGCAAUGGGACUGAUGGACUGAUACAAAAGCCAGCACUCCUACAGCUUAUCUCUCACUCUAAUUCAGGUACAAAGCUAGCUACUCCCCCUCCAGUGCCUCCAAAACCCACUUCUCCCACCACUUUUCAUCCCUUAUCACUUCCUGCUAGCUCUCCUGUCACCCCUACUGAUCCAAACCAAGGGAUCUUUAAGGAUUGCGUCACUCCGCCAAAUGGGAUCCACCCGUGGAGCAGUCGCAAUGGUAGCAUCCAGUCAGGACCUAGGAGGGUCUCUAUGAGCCAUGAGAGCCUGUCGCCCAAAAAUACAGAUGCACCCCUUACUCUUACCACCUCCCUGACUUCAACCACCUCUACUGGUGUUGGGGGGAUGGAAAACAGAGAACCUGGAAGAUCUGGUUCUGGAUCUGACCUGAGAACCAGCUCCUCCAGCCUGGGGGGCAGACUUCCAGCCUCUGCCCUGAGAGGGAAGAUCCAGGCUCUGCCUUGGUACAUGACCCGUUCCCAGGAGAUUCUAGGGACACUUGACUAUCCCUCCACUAGCUCCAUCAAUGGAGACACAUCUGGAUUUGGCUCAGGUUUGUCCGUAGCCAGUGGUUUAUCAGACCUAAACAAAACCCCUGUCAAGGAUAAAGAAAUCGUGACCUCAAAAUCAGAAAGCAAAGGGAACAUUUUAGAUGAUGGUGCUGAGGUUGUGAUAGCAACCAUCAAAGAGGCCCAGGAAGUGACCUCCCACAUAAAAAAGGCCAAUGGAACUAAUGGCUCAGACCAUGAUCUGAGUUUUAGAGAAAAUAGUGCACACAGUGCCAGUGUUUCCUCAGAGCAGCCUCAGUCACGGUCUCAUUCAGCGGUGGGGUUGGGAGGUGUGUCCGACAUGCAGAUAGGUGGUGACUCGCCAACAUCAUCACAAGCAGACAGUACUCCGCAACGGGAGGCCUGUGGCUGCCGCACCGUUUACGCCAAUUGUUUCAGUGGAGACACUGAGGAUGGUGUUAGCUUUGAUGAGGAGCUCACCGUUUAUGAGUUUUCCCGUCGAGUACGCCCGAAACCUACGUGUCCAGCACCAGUCCCCUCUCCAACAACACCCUCUCCAAAACCCAAUAUUCUGUCAUUGCUGAGAGAUAACCCUCGUCCACUGUCUACCUUCUCCACUGCCUCCUCUGAACUCAGCCCUCUAGUUUCACAUCCGGUUUCACCCACAUCCUCAUUUGGUGGUCCUCUGCGGUCGCUUACCAACAAGAAUUACGGUGGGUUGAGGGGAGGCUUUACUUCCCUACGUCAAGAUAUAGAUCAGCUUCUUCUGGUGUUGGAGAGGGGAAAAUUUGAGCAAUCGCAACAGAUAUGUGGAGAUUCAAAACAGGAAAACACAAGCAUAACAAUAGGGCCUGACCUGAAUCACAAUGGAACUCAAGACAGUACUACCCUGGCACAAAGUCUAAAUUGUAGUGGGUCAAGCCCUGCUGGCAUGACAGAGGCUGAAAAGAAUCUUCUCCAGGCAGAAGCUCGGCGGCUGGCAUCCGGGUGUCAGCGGGCCACACGUGUAGGCUGGGCGCCUGAUGAAGCUCUGCGAUCUUUAUCCAACAGCUUCAGCGCCCUGGUUCAGCUGUCAGCAGCUUGCCUGCGAACAAAUCCCUGCCCUGGUUGUGACAUCUGCCAUAAUGCGACUUUGCUCAGCAGGGAUGAGGACGAUGAUGACGGCCAGGAGGCAAUGGACAAGCUAAAGGAGAUAGUUGGUCUGUACCGUGAGUUUGUUGGGGCUGUUGAGACAGCUGGAACUGGUGCUGGGGUCGGGGGUAAGACUGUGGGCCUCACUGGGUCUGCACAGGGUCAAGGGGAAGGUGACGGCGUGAGGCUACUAGCCAAACGCUGCACUGUGCUCAUCUCCUCUGUAUUCGCACUCACCCAGCUCUUCCGGACACGCACACUAGACCCGUCGGACAGACCCGGCCGCGUACCUCUCAACUUUUGACCUGUGAAUUUUUACACACUCAUAACCCACUGGCCCUAGAGGUGAGACAAGAGGAAACAGCACAGAGCUAACUGGUGUGUAACUCCUGUGUUCUUGUACAGUAAGUGCCAUGCACACCACAGCACAGACACAUGACACAUAACCCACACAGAGACACAUACACAAAACAUACUCCUACAGGAAGAGCUCCUUGGACGCAUAUGGACUAUGCAUUUGUACAUACGAAUUUUAUAAUUAUCUUAUAAUUCUCUUAUUUUAUGAAACAACGUGUAUGUAUGUAAGGAUGAAUAACCCAUGUAUGUAUUUAUGUAUUUAUUUUUACAAUAUUUGCACCAUGAUCUGUGAUGUGCAGGUCUCUGGUGAGGAAAAAAAAAUCUAUGGAUGUCACUGGAAUUUUUAUGUUUCCUUUCUUUUUGAGACAGUAUUAUGAUUUGAUUUUUUUUUUUUUUUUUUGCUGCUUUGAAGAUUUCUCCACUCCACAAGGUGUAAUCUGUAAAUUGUCAUUUUUCAAGUUUAAUAUCAUAGUAUGUUUACUUAACAAAAAAAAACAAUACAGAAAAUAUACUUUAUCGCUCUUGUGAAAUAUAGUGAUUAACUCAUUUGUUUUAUAUGUGCAGGGUUUCCUUUUUAAGGAUUUAGUUUUUCAACGUUACAGUCACAUAUAAAUGGGAUACAAAUCUAUACCAUUACACAGCAGGGAGAGCACUUUUGACUGUUACAGAUUGCACCUUUUUACGAGACACACAUCCUUGUGUAAAGUGUUUUUCUACCCUUUCCCUUUCCCAAACUGACUCCGAGUGAAUGCUUCUUGGAAAUACUCCCACGUCCCCAAACAUAUGCAGUAUUAUAACAUUGAUCUAGUUUUCAUCCAAAGGACACAGCGUAUAUAUAUUUUCUGGGAAUGUGUGGGUCGGCUCCAGGCAGCAAAGCGCGGGACUUUGUUUAUGUUUUUGACUCGGCACAAGAGAGACUGUUAAACUCUGUCCAGAUGUAGCAAAUAUCCAAAGUCUUACAACACUGAGCCACAAACUGUUCCCUGCUAUGGUUUCCUCUUUGGGGCGUGCCAUUUUAUUAAUAACUGACUGACUGACAGAUGGACUGACUGCUGUAGGCUGGGGUCAGAACUGUAGAUAUACAUUUAUAUCUCCGUGUCCUACUCUGUCCCUGACCUUAGUUUAUGGCUAUGCAAACAUAAACCCCUCAACUCCCAACAUGAUGUAAUAUUCUUUUUCCUGUGCUGACAUUAAAAAACAACAAUAGCUGCAUUA